AUGGAUGACCAAAUCUGCAAUGAUGAAAAUGCUAGUGGGGAACCCAUCAAGAGCUUUAAGAAGAUCAUGCCUCGAAGUACACCUGGGAGUGCACCACUCAAGCCAGUCAAUGAUUCUAGACGACUGAUGUCCUCUCCAAUGAUGAUUCCAGAUAUAGAUGAUACAAAGACCCCACGUACAUCCCCGUAUAUGUACAUCAGACAGCUGGACUCUGCAGAGAGAUGGAUCGAACGCACAAGUGUUGUUACCAAACAAGAUCACCAGUUAAACUUAGAGAAUGCUGGGAGCAUUUUGAUAGGUUUGAUUGACUCUCUGCCUCUCUCUGGAAACAGUACAUGGCUCAGCACUCACUUCGGGGAUAACACUGACAGGGGCAGUUUGAUUGUCUUGAGAUGUGAAGACAACGAUCACCAUGAAGAUACAGAAGCCAGGCUCCAGUUGAUACAAUCCUUCAGUUCUGAAUCAGUGAUUGUAAAUUCUGUAGAACCAGAGCUCAAUACAGACAAACUGCAAGCAGGAGAUGGCAGUUUUGUAGUUGAGAUGGCAAGAAAAGGAGCUGCUGAACCGGUUCAACCUAUUCUUAAUGUGACUUCGGUUAUCAGUGACGAGUCUGAUCCACAGAAAGAAGUUCACUGUGCUGUAGGUGAUGCAGACCCAUCUGAGACUAAACUUCAGGUGAUUAAUUUUCCGCUUAAGGAAUUUGCCAGUAAAACAUUGGAACCUGCAUCAAUUGCUGAUCCUUUCAGGACUAAAGUGCAGCUGAUGAAUUCCCCAGUAAAGGAUAGCAAGAGUGUGAAUGAAGAGCUUGAUGCUGCAGGAGGUGUAGAUACUUUGAUCCUUGAAGAUCAGUUGAUGAAUUCCCCUGACAAUAAAAACCUGAAGCCUGCUAGUGAAGAACUUUGUCUUCCCAAGAGUACAAAUAAUAUCAAGACAAAAAAUUAUCUGGUUAGUUCUCCUGUGAAGAUCCAGGGGGCUGUACAUAAAGAACAGGUUUUGAAAUCUCCUGUCACCAAAGAACAAUGUGACCCUGUUGCCAAUACAAAUCCUUUCAUUUCUAAAGUUCAACUGAUGAAUUCACCUGUAGUCAAACUGCAGGAAAAUGUUACUGAAGUUGAUCCUUCUGUAGACAAAGAUCCUUUUAUGUCUGAGAUUCAGCUGAUGAAUUUACCUGUGAACAAGCAACAGGAAUCUGCUACUGAAGUUGACCCCCAUGUAGACAAAGACCCUUUAAUGUCUAAAGUUCAGCUAAUGAAUUCACCUGAAGUCAACCAGCAGGAACCUGUUACUGAAGUUGACCCCACUGUAGACAAAGAUCCUUUCAUGUGUAAAGUUCAGCUGAUGAAUUCACCUGCUGUAGACAAAGAUACUUUUGUGUCUAAAGUUCAGCUGACGAAUUCACCUGUCAGCAAAGAACAGGAACCUGUAAUUGAAGUUGACCCUGCUGCAGACAAAGAUCCUUUCAUGUCUAAAGUUCAGCUGAUAAAUUCACCUGUGAACAAGCAACAGGAGCCUGUUACUAAAGGUGACACCACUAUAGACAAAGAUCCUUUCAUGUCUAAAGUUCAGCUGAUGAAUUCACCUGUGAACAAGCAACAGGAACUUGUUACUAAAGUUGACACCACUGUGGACAAAGAUCCUUUUGUGUCUAAAGUUCAGCUGAUGAAUUCACCUGUCUACAAAGAACAGGAACCUGUAAUUGAAGUUGACCCGGCUGCAGACAAAGAUCCUUUUAUGUCUAAAGUUCAGCUAAUGAAUUCACCUACUGUGGACAUAGAUCCUUUCAUGUCUAAAGUUCAGCUGAUAAAUUCACCUGUGAACAAGCAACAGGAGCCUGUUACUAAAGGUGACACCACUAUAGACAAAGAUCCUUUCAUGUCUAAAGUUCAGCUGAUGAAUUCACCUGUGAACAAGCAACAGGAACUUGUUACUAAAGUUGACACCACUGUAGACAAAGAUCCUUUUGUGUCUAAAGUUCAGCUGACGAAUUCACUUGUCAGCAAAGAACAGGAACCUGUAAUUGAAGUUGACCCUGCUGCAGACAAAGAUCCUUUCAUGUCUAAAGUUCAGCUAAUGAAUUCACCUACUGUGGACAAAGAUCCUUUCACGUCUAAAGUUCAGCUGAUGAAUUCACCUGUCAACAAAGAACAGGAACCUGUAAUUGAAGUUGACCCUGCUGCAGACAAAGAUCCUUUCAUGUCUAAAGUUCAGCUGAUAAAUUCACCUGUGAACAAGCAACAGGAGCCUGUUACUAAAAUUGACACCACUGUAGACAAAGAUCCUUUCGUGUCUCAAGUUCAGCUGAUGAAUUCACCUGCUGUGGACAAAGAUCCUUUUGUGUCUAAAGUUCAGCUGACGAAUUCACAUGUCAACAAAGAACAGGAACCUGUAAUUGAAGUUGACCCGGCUGCAGACAAAGAUCCUUUCAUGUCUAAAGUUCAGCUGAUGAAUUCACCUGUCAACAAAGAACAGGAACCUGUAAUUGAAGUUGACCCUGCUGCAGACAAAGAUCCUUUCAUGUCUAAAGUUCAGCUAAUGAAUUCACCUACUGUGGACAAAGAUCCUUUCGUGUCUAAAGUUCAGCUGAUGAAUUCACCUGUGACAAGCCACUCUUUCAAUGACCCCUCGUUUCUGGAUAUGUUGGAGAAGUGUGGUAACACAUGUACAAUUAAUCCCAAACGAGGCUCUGUUCUAAUGCGGUUUGAUCCUCUGCAAGAGGUCCGGGAUCAAAACUUUGCCAAACCUGGAAGUCCUGCUCCUGCCAAAAGGCCACCUCGAGUAUCUGAUGCAUUUAACCUGUCCAAAAAUGCUGGUGGGGAUGAUAGUGUCUGCCUGUUUGGGACUCCUCCGCGUGUGGCCAGGCGCCGUACUUUGACCCGCCGCCUCCACAACACCAGAGUGCAGAGCAUAGAGGAGGAGACAGGAGCUAGUGAGGUGGAUGUGAUCUUUGGUCUGGAUGAUGGGGAGGGCAUGGAUACUAUACUCUAUGAUAACUUGAUGCCUCUUGCACUAUCUGAAGCCAGACUAGUAGAUGUUGGCGAGUUGGCUGCUUACACAGAGAGUGAAGUCAAGCAGAUCCGAGCAGAGUUGACCAUGCAUUUCCAAGAGUUGCUGCUGAAGAGGGACAGGGAGUUUCAAGAAAAGCUCAGACAGAGGGAAGAGGAAACAUCACAGGAAGCUGCAAAGUUGAAAGCUGAGGUUGAUGCUUACAAAGCCAAGGUGAAAUCUUUUCAUGGGAGACAGAAGGCAUUAAACGAAGUGAUGAAAGAGUACACGGACACCAUAUCUAAAGUUUUAGUGGUGUCUGAAAAAGAACUUCUGAAGAUACAAGUAAUGGAGAUGAAGACAAGCAACACUCAGAUGCAUGAAGAUAACAAGGAUUUGGAGAAAUCUUUCCAGGAUCUCUUUCACCGCUAUGAAAAAUUGAAAAGUAUCUUGGAGAAGGCUGUUGAGAAUGAGAAGAUUCUCAAACAGACUGUCCUUGAUGCCCAGGAGAAGUGCAAGUCCAGCAAGGAAAUCAACAAGAAAGUCAAAGAGAUGGCCGAGACCAAGAUAGCAGAAUUAGAGGAAAAGUACGAGAAGCUGAGCACUUCCACAAAAGAUGAAAUAAUGAGGCUGGAGGCAUCGGUCAAACGCAAGGACAUGCAGAUUAAAGGGUUAGAGACAACCCUUGAGCAAAAGACAAAAGAGAACAAAGAACUGACAGACCUGUGUGACACAUUGAUCAACAAAGUCUCCUCAUCUUAA